ACUUUUGUGUCAACAUUUUAACUAAUCAGUAGCUAUAGUUAACUUUUUUGGUGGAACUCCUGGCUCAAUAAUUAGCUUUUACGCGCAUCAGUGAUCACUAUAAGGUCACUGCUGACAUUCCCGGGUGCAGUUUCACUCGUUGACGUUGCAUAGACGUUGCAGGAUUUUCCCAGGAUUACACGACGAGGUACAGGAGUUUUGUAAGAGAAGGAAAAGUUGCUGACUCAGGAACUUCGCUCGCCCCCUCCGCGCGCAGGACUGGAGCGGUCAAAAGAGACAUCCACGAGUGAGCCACACCAUGUUGGGCCCCUUGCUUGUCCUGUCCCUCCUCUCUGUGGUGGCCCCGGGGCCCCCUCCGUCAGGUGGAUGUCGGCGCUGCUGUGACCACCUGGAACCACCAGAGGGCACAAGAGACCGCUCAGCGAGGUUCAGUCACAUGCCAGAGGUCCGCACCUACAUCAAUAUGACCAUUCUCAAAGGUGACAAAGGAGACCGUGGGGACAGAGGCACGCCUGGUAAAGUGGGUAUGGACGGCCCUCCUGGUGCUCGAGGUCCCAUAGGCUCUAAAGGCUCCAAGGGUCAGGCUGGACAACCAGGCGACCCGUGCAAAACCCAGCACUCCGCUUUUUCUGUGGGACGCCGGAAAUCCCUCCACAGCCUUGAGACGUACCAGGCGCUGAUUUUCGACACCGUUUUUGUCAACAUGGACGAGCACUUUAACAUGUUUGAGGGAAAGUUUAUUUGUCAAAUCCCGGGCAUCUACUUCUUCAACGUCAACAUUCACACGUGGAACUUCAAGGAGACGUACCUGCACAUUAUGCUGAAUGAAACUGAGAAAGCCAUCAUCUACGCCCAGCCCAGCGACCGGUCCAUCAUGCAGAGCCAGAGCAUCAUGUUGGAGCUUGCGCUAAAAGAUGAGGUGUGGGUGAGGCUUUACAAGAGAGAGCGGGAGAACGCCAUUUACAGUGACGAUGUAGAUGUUUACAUUACUUUCAAUGGAUACCUGCUCAGGGCCAGUCUUUAGAACUGAUAAUGCUUUACGUUUGCUUUCCAUGGGUUUCAGAAUGAUAAAAAAUGAGGACUGUUUCCAAUGCCAAUAGCAAUUGAAAGUUUAAAGGUGCACUGCUUAACGUUUUAUGUAAGGGUCUGCCACCUGAUUGUUGGCAAGGAGAUAUUAUUGCAUGAAGAACGUUCCAGGAUAUGGCAUUAAACAACCAAAUCCAAACAUUUUACAAACAAAGCAGUUUCCAAAGAGAAAUGAAAAUGAAGACAACAAAAAGAUAAAUUGCAAAAAUUUGGUCAUACUAGUCCUAAAACAAUAAAACCAAUAAAAGCAAAUAAAAGCAAAAAACAUAAAAUCCUUAAAUAGCAGUAAAUAAGUAAAAUAAAUAAAAGACACAGAGGACCACACAACUCACAUGGUGUUAAAAACCAGAGAAUAAAAGUGGGUUUUAAGACGAGACUUAAAACACUCCACUCCGGGGGCUGUUUGGUGUGUUCCAGAGUUCAGGGCCAAUCACAGAGAAGACUCAGUCCCCCCUGGUUUUAAGUCUCCUUUUUGGCGCCGUGACCUGAAGCUUAACCCUCAACAUAUCUAUCUCGCAGUUAUUUAUUGUUUUCAUUGCUCAAAAAUGACUUAAAAAAUAUGCAUUCUUACUGUGAGUUAAAAUUUCAGGGCCAAAUUUUGUUCUCAGUCCGACCUUGGUGCCACCUGCUUGCUUUCAUGGACAUAGAUGAAGAUUUAGUUUUUUUUUUCCAUUUAAUUUGCAACAUACAACAUGCACACAGACAUUAGACACAAUACGGAACAAUACAAUACAAAUGCAUACACCGUCACAACAGACAAAGUUUGUGUAUGUGCGUGUGAGAGUGUGUAUGUAUGAGUAAGAGUGUGAGGUUUCAGCAUCAGUAAAUAAAUAUAAAUGACUAAUUGUGUAUAGUUAUGUAGAGAUUCUUAACAGUGUAUUGAAGGGAUAAGCUCAAUGUUGAGAAUAAUGACAAUUGUGGAAAUAAUAACAGUACAUAUGCCAGUCUGUGUAGUCACAAGUGGGAAGAGGAGAAGGAGGAGGAACCUAGUUAUGUUUGGUAAUGAGUUUUUCAGACUGAUGUUUAAACUUCCCAUUUUUCAUGUACCCAAAAAAAAAAAAAAAAAAAACCUUACCUUAAAUGACAGUAUAAGUUUUUGUUUUGUUUUUUUCAGUGUGCAGUUGUGCUUGCAUGCCUAGCUUUGUGAGCUGCAUUAAAAACAGUCUGGUGGCAUUAAAAACAGUCUGAGCGAUAGAUAAAGUUAAUGUCAUACUUUGGAACUUUCUUGGCAAAGCAAUGGCAUCACUAAUGACGCAAUCAGGUGGCGGACCCUCUACCAACUAAGUUACACAGUGCACUUUUAAACCAAAUUAUAUCAUCUUGGAGAAACGUUUUCAAAUUGUCCAAGUAAACGAAAGCUGAAAUCCAUGUAGGAGGGACAAACUUGUAUUUCUGGUGCUACUUUGGUGCUAAAACAGUACUCUAGCCAGUCAUAUCAGUAUUUGAUCAGCUAAUGGGACUAGAUUUAGGUACUUUUGUCCUGCAUCUACUCCCAUCCAUUUUCUACCACUUAUUUCAAACUGGGUCGAUAAGACAGAUGUCAAACAAAGAUGACUUCAACUUGAAUGGGCUGUAUACUACAUGGUGCUUAAGCCAGACAAAAACAUGUUUAUUGUGCUGUACAGUUAGUAUAAUAGUAAUAAAAGUUUUUUUCUUUUCUUUUUCUUCUAUUUUUAUAAUAACAAUAGCUAUUUUUACAUCCAGACAUUCAGCUUAAAUUGUGAGUGACCAGGCAAUGUCAUAAAAGUCACAUCAGGGUAGUCUACAAAGCUAUUCCAGUUUAGUAUUUAUAGGCGCCUGUAUCCUCGUAUCUGCGGAUAUGUCUGAAGUAGCUCGAACGGGGUCAGAAAGAAGUCACCAUUUUAUCUCUUCAGAGCAAAAUAUA